GUUCGUCUGGGAAGCAGUUGACAGCAGUCAAGAGCAGGCCGAAGUGGGUAAACAAAACAAACAUAUGAAAAAAAGAGCGAAAACAACUGAAAAGUUGUGCUUAAUUUUAUAUCCGUAGAAUAUGUAACAUUAUUGUAAAUCGGUUUGAGGCUCAUUAAAGAAGAAAGUAGGUAGCAAAGACGGGGUGUGCACCUGUGAAAGAUAACUAGGUUAACUAGCUAACGUGUGCUAGCACGUUAGCCGUCUAGCUGACUCGUUGAACCCGCUCAGGUUAGCUAGCUUGUUAGCCAGCCAUGUCGUCCCCUUCCUCCUCCAGGCGCCAGUGGUGCUACUUGUGCGACCUGCCAAAGAUGCCGUGGACUGUGGUGUGGGACUUUAGCGAGGUGGUCUGUCGUGGAUGUGUGAACUAUGAGGGAGCGAAUCAGAUUGAAUUUCUGAUAGCGAGCGCCCGGCAGCUAAAACGAACUCACGGAAUGCAGGAUGGCAACGUCAGGUCACCUGGUCCCUCUCCCAAUAAACACGGCACAUCUGGCAGAGGAGAGGUGGCGGCAGACGGCAGCAGGCCGCACACCGACCGCUUCGAAAGGAGUGGAAGAGGAGAAAGUACCGGGUCAGCCAUACGAGUCCCACCGAACGGCUUGCACCGUGAUGGCCAGCCGCCUCAAGAGGUGAACCGCCAGAGUCCAAGCGGCAGCCGGAGACCCAUGGUAAGUGCUGCCAUCCCGCCCAAUCUAGUAACUCAAAGUAUGGCAGGGAUUCCCCAUGGGCUCCUUGCAGGCAUGCCGGCGGGUCUGACCGCCAGGACAGCGCCCAUGAGCAACCCCAUGAUUUUCCCUACUCCGGUGCUGGCCGAGAUGAGCCGCAGACAACUGGGGUUAGGGAUGAAUAUAGCCCCAUUUAUCACCCCCGAGCUGGAGCGAGAGCUGAGUUCAUCCCAGAACCAGCCCAAGACACAGACGCAGGUCCACACUGCUGUGGCUGGCAGCAGCACUAGCAAGAGCACAGGUCUCCCUUCUUCAUCCUCGUCCAUGGCCGGAGGCGUGAGUCAGACGAGUCCCAAGCCUGCCUCAUCACCAGCCAGGCAGCCACGCCCCUUAACUUCCAGGUCCGGAGGGGAGCCCCUGGGAUCCAGCACCUCAGCAGAGGCAGCCACCACUGCUGCAGCAUUACCCCACAGUGGUGCCUCUGAGCUGGGAUCAGCAUCUGCCAGCAACACUCAUUCAACCGGAAACACUCUGUCCUGCACCUUGUGUCACGAGAGGCUGGAAGACACACACUUCGUUCAGUGUCCAUCAGUACCAGGACAUAGGUUCUGCUUCCCCUGCACCAGAGUGUACAUCCAGAGCCGACGGGGUGAUGGAGAGGUGUACUGCCCCAGCGGAGAGCGCUGUCCAUUGGAUAACUCUCCCAACAGCCCCCCUUGGGCCUUUAUGCAGGGAGAAGUGUCCACCAUACUGGGUACUGCUGGAGCAGGAGCGGCAUCGGCUACCGCAUCUGGAGCUGGGGCUGGAGCCGGAACCGGGUCAGGAGCUGCUGGAGCGUCCGGGGCCGGAAACGGAUCUGCCAGUGGAGCAGGAACCGGAGCAGGAGGCGGAGGCGGAGACGUCACUGUCAAGAAAGAGAGAGAGACGUGAUGGUGACUUUCACGGAAACCAGGACCCAACACAGCAGCAGAGGUUAGUGACACACCAGAAGGAGAUGUCUGCAUGGGACCGCUGAGCAAUCCAGAAGAAAAGCAACACAGCAACACACAGUUCAGAAAAUGUCCAUUGCACAGGUCUUAACUCCACCUGUUCACCACCCGGUUUUAUAACAUUGUCAGACCUCGCCAGAUAUCUGACUCCACUUUACCUUCACACAUUGUCACUAUUAUUAAUUUGCUUUUCUUUUCUGCCAAUUCUUCAGCUGUAUCCUUGAGGUCUGAUGCAAUCUAAAUGUUAAAAUUUAAUUUCUUUAAUAACAUUAAAUUUCUCAGCACAUCAAAAGUGACAAACCUCACCAACUCUGGAAAUCAACCUGAUGUUUUAAUGCUCAAUCCAGCAAUCAGCAGAGAUCUUGGUGAAAUAACUGCACAACUUUCCCAAGACAGUCUCUGAUGUAACCCAGCAUAAAUAUCAAAAUGGCCUUCGUGAUGUCCUGUUGGAGUCGUAUUUUCAGGGCCAAUUAACCGCUGAACAGUGGCUACUUUUUGUAUGAGUAUCUGUGCCAGUUGAAACAACUGAUCAUGCUCAGCUUAGCACUGCCGGCUGGUUCCUGUUAGCUGGCUGAAGCAACACAUGGGCUAGACGUGGGUGGUAUCUAUCCUUCGAUACCUCCUUCCUGACCUUUCAUCAGGGUACACGGUAUAAGAUGGUAUUUUUGAAGGUAUUGAAAAUUGUACCUUCGUGAUUUCUAAAUACCCUGGUAUACUGUAAUACACUGAUACUGCUUCCGCCUAAUACAUCAGUUUUUGACAGGACUGUCUCAUUUGUCUACAAACAAAAAUUUGCACCACCAUUACAAUCCAUAAGAUGCUGUAAUCCAUAAGAACAUUCAGGGUGCUACUUGAAUAUGCACAUUAAGGAAACAAACUGUGUCAACAGGACAACUGAAAUGUCCCUAUUUCUCUAUAUGGCCACCAGUGUAUUAAUAUAUAAUUGGUAUUGAUAUUAUUUGCUGAAGGUAGCUAACAUAGCUGGUAGCAGGCCUAACAGGGAUGUUUGUUGUCCAGACUCACAGAAAGUAGCCACGGCCCACUAUCACAUUGUUCUGGUGUUUGCACCAGAAAGCACUAAAGCUUGCUCAGACAAAUCCAACACAAAUGUUAAAAGUAAAAGCAGUAGCCACGGGUGUACUGUAUUGCUGUAUCUUCUUCCUGUUGAGGCAGCAGGAAGUCAUGAAUCAGACUGAGUUGAAACGAGUUGAACCUCACUCCUUCUGACAAAAUGGAAAUUCUGUAAAAUCUUGGUUUAAAUGAGACAGUUGUGCUUUUACAACUUACAACAACUUAGAACUGAAUCCGUUUCCCGGAGCACAAUCAGAUUGUUUUCCCAAACAGAUGGAAAACAUCUUCACUUAAACACCUAAACAAGAUGGUGUAGGCAGGACGCCGUGACAUUUCCCUGUGCGUAUCAAUCAAGUUGACUUUGACUCGGCGAAAGGAGGAUGUUUGCUGUGUAGAAACAACCAGUUGAUCUGUCAAAGCAUCGACCAGCUACAGAGACUCUGUGUUUGUAUUUAAAUGUUGCUUUCAUGCAAAAUCCAGCCCAGCCUACGCUUUCCCCUGAAUGUAUAUGAGAAGACAGCUAUUGAUAGGCCUAGGAUUAUAUUUUAUACUAGAAUGUUAAAUGUUAUAUACUCUGCAGAUCUACAGUAGUAUGUUUGUGCAAUCCUGCGUCUUAGUAUAUGCAACAGUUUGGAGUAUGUAAUUAAAGGCGAUUGUGUAUCAUUUAUCCAACCUUUUUGUUUUGAAAGUGAGAAUCCACCUAAAAACAGAAAUGUUCUUCUGUAAUCCUGAAAGGUUUAACGUUGCUCCUGAAUUUAGUUUAUUUUAAAAACUAGAGACAAGAUAACCUUCCUGCCGUGUUAAAUCUGUGGAUCUGAAAUACAUUUACCGUUUUGAGUGAAAUUCAUUUUGAUUUUAACAAACUCAACGUCUGUUGGGUUUGCUGUCUGUUCAUGCUGUACAAUCCAGUUUUGACACAUUUUUCAGACUUUUAUCUCCCAAGUUACAGAACAAUGUGCAGGGAUUUAAUGUUCCUAAAUCCAACAAUCCAAGACUGUAACAAUGACACAUUAUGACAAAUGAGUUUUUAUGGUGGAUUCUCUCUUGUUGUGCAGUAUGUACUCAUCAGUACAGAAGCACCAACAAACCAAAGGUAAUUUUGCACCCGAACUGAUGCUUCUGGAUGUAAAUGUUUUAUAGAAAAACAAUAUACAUUGCUAUAUUUCUUGGCCAGGUCUAAACCAGUUUUCCUCAUCAGGCCGUUACAGUGUACGGGCCCACGUGGUCUACUGUACUUAUGGGAUGUUAAAUCAAAAAAGUCUAUAGUAUUCAGCAAAUACUCAUACAGACCUUCUAAACUGAGACACUUUCCCACAGAUCAGGUCUGUUGUAGGAUAAUGUGUCUGAAGAAGGGGAAUUUGAGUUUAAUAUGCACUGAUAUAUCAUGCAAUCCCUUGUUAAGUGCCUUUUUAAAAUGUUUACCGUCUGUUUGUGUGUCUGGGAACCUCAGGGGAAGUAGGAGUGCAAUGGCUUUUUUUAUUGUCCAGUCAAUGAUUAACCUGAAUCUUGUUUCCCUUCAGUCGCCUUCACACGGCUUUUGCUUUUAUCCGCAGCCUUUGUAAAGUCAGCCGGCCACUCGUAGUUUGAAUAUGGUCUCUCCUCACAUCUCUCUUUCUUCUUUCUCUCUUUUUCCGUGUUAAGUUCAUUUCAAUUCAUGUGUCGUUUUUAGAUCCGUUUGUUUUUUUGCAGCUUCAUGUACAAAUAGAAACCAGGAAUAAAUGGGAUGGAAACUUGCA